CCUUGUUCUUUGGCGAACUAUUCUCCCCUCCAUAUCCAGCCAUUAUCAGCCAUCUCUCUCCCACAAAUUUCUUUUUGGUUUUUUAUUUUUAUUUUUUACAAACCCAAAAUCCAAAAUCUUCUCUGGUUUUGUGUUAAUGGGUUCCAUGUCUUCUUUCAUUUCAAAGGUGGCUAUGCAGAUUGUUUCCGACAGUUGCUCCAUGGAUUCAGAAGCUUAGAGAUACAGAAUGUUGAGUAGGGCAGCAAGGAAUGCAUAUUCAUGGUGGUGGGCAAGCCAUAUCAGGACAAAGCAGUCCAAAUGGCUGGAACAGAACCUCCAGGACAUGGAGGAGAAGGUAGAGUACAUAGUCAAAAUCAUCGAUGAGGAUGGCGACUCCUUUGCACAGAAGGCUGAAAUGUACUACAGGAAGAGGCCGGAGCUGACAAAUUUUGUGGAAGACACUUUUCGAGGAUACAGGGCUUUGGCAGAGAGGUAUGAUGCCAUGUCAAGAGACCUGCAAAGCGCUAACCGCACCAUUGCCACUGUCUGUCCCGAGCAAAUACAACUUUUAAUGGCUGAGGAGGAGGAUGAAAAUUGCCCUGCCACCUUUGUUCCUCCCUCAAAACCGUCAAAGAAUUUGCCAGUUGCCCCAGAGUUAUGCCUCCCCAAAAAGACUACAACUGAACCAAAAAAUUUGAAGGCCCCGACUAGAAUGAUGUCAAAGAAGGGACUGCUCAAACUGAGCGUUCCUGGUGAUGCUUCAGCUGCUGCAACUUCAGGAAUGAGCAAAGACGAGGCCCUUGAGGAAAUUGAUAACCUUCAGAAGAAGAUUUUAGGGCUUCAAACCGAAAAGGAGUUUGCAAAAAGUUUGUAUGAAUCCGGGGUUGCAAAGUAUUGGGAGAUUGAGGGGGAGAUCACGGAAAUGCAAGCUAAGGUUAACAGUUUACAAGAUGAGUUUGGCAUUGGUACCUUCAUUGAAGAUGAUGAAGCUCGAUCAUUGAUGGCGGCUACAGCCUUGAAGUCAUGCCGGGAGAGCUUGAUUCAGCUGCAGGAGAAACACAAGCAAUUGGAUGAGGAGGCCAGAGUGGAGUACCAAAAGGUAAAGGAAGUCAACAAGAAGUUGGGUGCUCUCAAAGAGAACUUCAACUUCACUGAGAACGUUGAGUGGGAUGGUACAAGCGCUGACGUAAAGGAAUUGGACCAAGAAGUUGAUAGCUUGGAAGAAGAGAGGCAUGAUUUGGAAUCGUUGAGGGCAAAUAUUAAAGAGAAGCUGCAAGUGAAUUCCGGCGAAUCUCUUUCUAUCCCUGAACUGGCAGAGAAGAUUGAUGACCUGGUAGACAUUGUCGUCACUUUACAAACUGCACUGUCUUCCCAGAAUGCUUUGGUGAUGAGACUAAGAUCAGAAGCAAAUUGGCUUCAAUCAAAUCUUUGCAGCCUAGAGGAGGACAAGGAGGCUCAGGCUAAAGGGUCGCAGGAUAUUCGUGGCAAAAUAAGUGAGCUGGAGCGAGAAAUGGGUAGAAUUCAAAAUUUCAACCAGAAUGUCAAACACCAAAACCGAAAACUCCAAGUUCACUUUACUGAAGCGAGUUUCAGCGUUGAUCAUCUCUCGGAGAAGCUGCAGACUGUGAAGCAGGAUGAGGAGGAUGUGGCUGGAGUCCCGAUCAAAGAAUUAAGUGCUACUCAUGAUAUUGGACUGGAAGAGGAUCUUCAAUUACAUAAAGAAGUGGCUUCUCCAAGGAACCAUUCUAUGAUCUCGAAAGAUGUUGACACAGGAGCCAUGGAGAAGAUUGAUAUUAUGGGGCAAAGUGCUUCUUUCAAAGUUGAAGAAGAGAAAAUUUUGAAGUCCAAUCUGGGAAAUUACCUUAUUGAUCUUUACCAGAGAGGUCAACUGAGUCUCAGAGAUAUUCCUGAUGCCGAAACAAAAGACAGCAUUGCAGAUCAAGAAAUUGCUUUCAGAACUGAGGACCGGAACUUCGUCAUUCACAAUCUAAGCAGUGGUGUUGAUGUUCAUUUGAUUCCGGUUGCAGAGAGAGAUGUACCAAAUGCCAAUCUGGAAAGGGAGUUGAAGGAAAACGAAAACAAGGUGUCUCUUAACCAUGAUUCAAAUACCCUAAAAAAUGUGAGAAUGGAAGUGGAGGCCAAGAAAGGUGAUGAUAUAAUGGCAGCUUCUAACAAUCAGGUGAUCGCAAGAGAUGCAGAUACAGGCAAGAUCAAGAAAAAAUAUGGAGAUCAAACUCCCGGAGCUUCUUUCAGAGCUGAAGAAGAUUACCUUGUCAUUCCAAAUGCCAAUCUAGUGGAACGGUUCAGAGAACAUGACGAUAUGGUGGCUUGCAGUAAUGAUUCGCCGAUAUCAGAAGAUCCCAAAACAAGGGAGGAGGUAAACGAUAAUGCUAGAAGAGAGAACAGUACCAUUGUGAAAGCCAACGAAGAAGGUAGUUGCCUUCAUUCAAACUCAAGAAGUCAGCUAAAUUAUCACUCUGGAAAGGACCAGGAGCUGAAGAAACAAGUACUGGAAUCUGAGGAUGAGUAUCAACCAAAUUGGAGGCAACUGUACCUGAACGGGUUGGAUGACCGAGAAAAGAUUCUGUUAGAACAGUACACUUUAAUUCUCUCGAACUAUAAGGAAACAAAGAAGAAGCUCAGUGAAAUGGAGAAGAAAAACCAUGAUGGGCUGUUGAAAUCCGCAAUACAAAUAAAGGAGCUGAACAAUGCUAAUGCAUUGAAGGAUGCAGAGAUCCAAUCUCUGCAUAAAAAACUGAAUUCCCCCCAAAAUUGUCCAGAUGAAACUCCCGAUACUAGUUUGAAAGACUUCGACCUCUCACGGGAGGAAAGGCCCAAGGAGGAAAGCAUGAUAACAGAAGUUGCCACCACUCAGGUUGUUGAUACUUGUGCAAAUUCUGAUAAAAAGCAAGUCUCUUUUUUGCAAGAUAAACAAAUAUUUGAAUCUGUAGAAUGCAAUGAGAAAGUAAGUGCAGCAGAACUCGUGAUAAACUCUUCUAGAGAAGGCGAGGAAGGUGAGAAAAGGGUAACAUUUCUUGAUGAACUUCAAGAUGUUCCAGAGGCGGAAGGAAAAUUUCGUUCAGAUAUAGAUGGACUGCUCGAGCAGAAUGUAGAGUUCUGGUUGAGGUUUAGCACCUCAUUUCACCAGAUACAGAAAUUCCGGACUUCAUUUUUGGAUCUGAAGGAAGAGUUGGCGAACAUUAGGGAAAGAAUGAAGAAGCAGGAUGGAAGCAGUAAACAACAGACUCCCCUGAUGUCAGAGGUUCGCCCGAUAUACAAGCACCUGAGGGAGAUACAAACUGAACUAGCACUAUGGCUGGAACACAACACCUUACUAGAAGAUGACUUGCAAACCAGAUUGUCAUCUCUGUCGGGCAUUCAGGAAGAAAUAUCAAGAUCUUCAAGUUUUGGGUCUAAAGAGGAAGAGACUGAGCUCAGCGACUAUCAGGCUGCAAAGUUUCAGGGGGAGGUCAUGAACAUGAAACACGAGAACAGCAAGAUUGCAUAUAAAUUGCGGGCAGGUUUUGAAAGCGCGAAACAACUCCAAGUUGAAAUCUCAACUAUACUUUGGACUUUGGAAGAAGAACUUGGGAUUUCAAAACACCGGCAGACUAAGUCUUCAAGUCGGUCUAAACUUCCCUUGCGGUCCUUCUUGUUCGGGGUUAGGUUAAGGAAGCAGAAGCCAUCACUCUUCCAGUGCAUGAAUCCAGCACUGCAAAAACAAUACAGUGACUUGCAUACAUUGCCAUCGUAGGUUGGUUUCACUCUUUCUGUAGGCUUACAUUUAAAUUUAGCUUGAUUUUGGGGCCAAAAAGUGAGAAAGGACUACUUCUGCAUCGUCGCGUCGCAUCCCAUCGUGCCAGCUGCAGGUUUUAGUUUAUUUUUGCUGUAAAUGGUGCUUUUGAAUUUGUAUUACAUUGCCAAAGUUGCUUGGUUGUGUAUUGAUCUAAU